AGCUCCGCCCACCCCGGAAAAGUACGAAUGAGCAUAUUUUUAUUUUUAAGGUGACGUGGAUUCGUCUGAAGUGCUGCUGCUCGCGACCUUUCGGCUAUUUCUUCGCUUAAAAACAUAGAUCGGAUUCUCCUGCGCGUCUUUCCAAGCAAUGUCCAGAUAUGAUAUUACAUGUACGCGCAUGUUGUUGACUGGAUUUUGAGAAGAAAGCAGCGAUUCUGAGGAAUCCGAAGAAGCAUCUGAAACAGGUGUUGUCAUGACAGCAAGACUGGAAUGUUUAGGACCACGAGUCGCUGGUCGAUCCAUGAGUUUCUGUGUGCUGUUUCUUUGCCUGCUGCCUCACUUUGUCUUGGCAGUCAGUUACAAGCAAGGAGACCCAGUGAUUCUUUAUGUUAAUAAAGUUGGGCCAUAUCACAACCCCCAGGAAACCUAUCACUAUUACACUCUGCCAGUGUGUAGACCUAAAGAGGUCCAUCAUAAAGCCUUGAGUCUGGGAGAGGUGUUGGAUGGAGAUCGUAUGGCGGAGUCUCUAUAUAACAUCCGCUUCAGGGAAAAUGCUGAGCGACAAUCACUGUGCCAGCUCACACUCUCUGAGAAAGAGGUGGACCAGUUGCGAGAGGCCAUUGAGGAGCUGUAUUACUUUGAGUUUGUCCUAGAUGACAUUCCCAUCUGGGGUUUCGUGGGAUACAUGGAAGAGAGUGGAUUCCUGCCUCAUAGCCACAAGGUGGGGUUGUGGACCCACUUGGACUUCAACAUAGAGUACAAUGGCGACUCUGUGAUCUUUGCCAAUGUGUCUGUGAAGGAUGUAAAGCCGGUGCCAUUAGAGGAAGGUGGGAUAGGGGCAGGCCAUGGUGCUGCUGGCGGCAGUGGUGGUUUAUCGGUCACCCACACCUACAGCGUGCGCUGGUUUGAGAGCUCGUUAGCCCACUCGCGCCGGGCGGAACGCCUUAGAGACUAUUCCUUUUUUCCUAAGACUCUGGAGAUCCACUGGCUGUCCAUCAUUAACUCACUGGUGCUGGUGGUGCUUCUGCUGGGCUUUGUCAUCAUCAUCCUCAUGAGGGUGUUGAAAAAUGACUUUGCAAGGUAUAAUGUGGAGGAGGAUGGGGGCUGUGACGACCUUGAUCAGGGGGAUAAUGGCUGGAAGAUCAUCCACACAGAUGUAUUUCGCUUCCCACCAUAUAAGAGCCUGCUGUGUGCAGUAUUAGGAGUUGGGGCGCAGUUUCUGACCCUGGCCACAGGAAUCAUAGUCAUGGCACUUCUGGGAAUGUUUAAUGUCCAUCGUCAUGGUGCCAUAAACUCGGCAGCGAUUGUUUUGUAUGCUCUGACCAGCUGUGUGUCAGGUUACUGUUCCUGCAGCUUCUACACACAGAUUCAAGGCCAGCGCUGGGUCUGGAAUAUUAUCCUCACUUCUGCACUAUUCUCUGCUCCCCUCUUUUUCACCUGGAGUGUGGUCAACUCUGUUCAUUGGUGGAGCGGAUCGACUCAAGCCCUGCCUGCCACCACAGUGCUUUUGUUGCUAGGCGCCUGGGUGCUGGUGGGCUUCCCCCUCACAGUCAUCGGUGGAAUCGUUGGAAAGAAUAGAGCAGGAAACUUCCAGGCCCCGUGUCGCACACGCAACAUACCCCGCCAGAUCCCUCAGCAGCCCUGGUACAAACACACGGCCGUGCACAUGGCCAUCGGAGGGUUCCUGCCAUUCAGUGCCAUCUCAGUAGAACUGUACUACAUAUUUGCCACCGUGUGGGGUCGUGAGCACUACACUCUCUACGGCAUCCUGCUGUGUGUCUUUGCCAUCCUGCUCUCCGUGGGUGCCUGCAUCUCUGUGGCCCUCACCUACUUCCUGCUCUCAGGCGAGGACUAUCGCUGGUGGUGGCGAAGUGUUCUGAGUACCGGCUCCACCGGCAUCUUUAUAUUUGUUUACUCUCUUUUCUACUACCACAAUCGCUCCAACAUGAGCGGCCUUGUUCAGAGUGUUGAAUUCUUCGGAUAUUCUUUGCUCACUGCGUUUGUUUUCUCACUCAUGUUGGGAACGGUCUCCUUCUGGGCUUCUCUGGCUUUUAUCCGUUAUAUCUACCGUAGCCUUAAAAUGGACUAAUGGGUGGAAGCUGAUCACUUCCUCUCGAACUGCCCAAAAUGGGGAAGAUCAAGAGACUUAUGGACCAAGCCCUCAUGGAGCCCUGCAUGUGCAGGUUGUGUGUUGAUGAUUUAUAUUAAACUGUCAAACUGUUUCUGAUGACAAUUUAAAGGGUUAGUUCACCCAAAAUUAAAUUUCUGUCAUAAUUUACUUAUCCUCUCAUGUUGUUCCAACCCAUGUGAAUUGCUUUCUUGCAUGGAACAUGAGCUUGGAAUUCUGCUAGAUACAGUAACUCCAUUUUGUAUUUAACACUAGAAAGAUGGUAAUACAGGUUUAGAGUGGCAUGAGGGUGAGUAAAUGACAGAAUUGUCAUUUUUGGGUGCACUAUCCCUUUAAGAGGACUAAGAGACACUAAUAGGGAAUAGACAAAAGUGACGGACAAGACUAAUUUAAUAUUUUUUGCUCACCAACACCCUGAUAUUUAAAAUGCACAGAUACAUAGUUGCUUGAACAAAUACAGGAGUAUUUUAGACUCAUUUGAAUUGUUUUGCAGAACAUGAAACUGUUGCAUAUCUAAAAAUACAUUGCCUACCUUGUAUCCAAGCCCAAAAAUACUCGAGUUCUUUUUCUUCUUGGAUUUUGUUAAAGAAAAUCUUGUGAAUCCAAAAAUGACAAUGUCAAAUUUAAAUAUUGGGGGGGGGACAGAAAUCAGAGGCCUUCAUAACUAAUGUUCACAGGACAAUUGAGGAGCACUUAUACUGCAGGUGAAUUUAUUUACGAUGAAUACGUGCAGAUGUCUGCUUAUAUGGAAGGGAAAUAUCUUAAAGAGAAAUGUCAUUGUAUGCAAUUUGUGCAAUAUACAGAUUUUUGACCAUAAGAGCAGUUUGAAGGAAAAUCUUAAGAAAUUAUUAGGUUCUGGUAGCAAUACAACGAUCUUAAGUCUCCAACGGUGUUCAGCUGAAAUGUAAAUGUUUUCAAUAGUCAUUUUAUUAUGUUAAGAGAAAUAAAUGUGGGUGAAAAGCAA